AUGAAUAAUUGUUCAAGCAAAAAGAAUGUAAUAUUUAAACCAACAUUGCCAAGAUUGAAAAUCAUUCAUUAACAACGAUAAAUAUUGAGUUCUCCUCAGAAAACUAAAUUUAAUGAUGAAAAGAAAUUAGAACAAAUAGUUGAAAAGCGAAACUUUUAAAAGCAAUUGGUCGAUCUAGUCAUACCAAUACAUGAUGAUGCACAAUCCAGUAUCAUAAAUUCGGAGCUCUCCAAAAACGAUUUGCUAAAACAUUAUAAGCAACUCCCAUCCAAACCGACAUUGUUGUUCGAAAAGGCAAUGAAGGGAUUGCAUCCUCUGUAAUAAUAGGAGUAUAGAAAUAAAGAACUCAAAAAGUUGGAUAAGAAAGUAUAACAAUUAAACGAAAGAAACCCAUUAUCAGAAUCAUGGAAAUCUCCAUUCCUCUCACAACCCAGAUUGUAUAAAUCGUCUGAAGAGGUCGACUUGAGUGCAUCUCAAGAGAUCGACCCCAAUGUGUAAAAUGUGGUGGUAUUAAAUGAAAAUUUAAGAGGAUUUGGGUCUCGAUUGAGAUCAUACUUGGAUUAUGACAAAAACACCGUAUUCGAGCGACAGAAAGGGAAUCCCAAGUAUUUGUAUCGAGACAACAUGAUAAGGAUGAUAAAGAACAACUCCACAAAGGAGUUGGAUUUGGUUAAGGAAUGGAACAUAUUGAUAAAUAAUGACAAAUUGGUAUCGCAUGCUUAACUUCAGAAACCAGAAAUACGGAUGUAACAGUUCGGAACCAUCUCCUCAAUAAGUCAUUAUUACAGCAUACAGGAUUUCCACAAAAAGAAGAUGGGUUAGAGUUAGACUCAAUAGACUCCCAAUUCUCAGAUAUCUCCCCAAUUUGUGGUCAAGAAUUCAAGACAAAGCAAUUCAUCGGAGCCAAUAGAUUUUGGAAAAUCGAAUCAAGUGUUAUUGGAUGUUUCGGAGGUUGAGAAGGGACAAGACGACGUGGCUAUUCACAAGGAUACAUUUUUGACGUAUUGUUAAGUUUUUUGGGAUUUGAUACGCAAAGAGGACGAAAUCGUGGAGAGAGUGGUUUGGGCAUUCUGUAAGGGAGACCUCUUUACAUUCAGUGGAUUCAAACAUUUCUAUAAAUUGAUAGUGUUUCAGGAGGGGACAUUCGAGGACUACAUCAAGUUCACUUACGACUUCUUUUUGGCUCAAGAUCGCAGUGAAAUACCAUUUACAGAGAUUUAAGGAUUGCUCAGAUUGUUGGCAUCAAGAAUAGAUGGGAAGGAUCACGUAUUAAGCGAUUAAAUACUUAUGGACAUAGUGAGUCAAAUUCAUAGGUAAAAUGAUCGAGAGUAAUUAUGA